AUGUCUCUUUCAGCUGCAGCUAACAAGAUAUCCGACAACGAUUUCCAGAAUAUUGGGCCGGCACCUAGGCCUCCCAGUGCGAAUGGCCAAGGCCGUACUGGUUACAACCAAACUCAACCUAUAACUAAACUCAUGAGCCAGCUGGAUUUAACGUCAGCAUCACACUUGGGUAAGAAUGCUUUAAAGAAGAAAAGCGGAUGGGUGUCUUACAAGGACGAUGGUAUACUCUCAUUUAUAUGGCAAAAGAGGUACUUGAUGCUACAUGAUUCAUGUGUGGCACUUUACAAGAACGAUAAGCAAAAUGAUGAUCCGAUCUUGAAGAUACCGCUAACAAGCAUUAUAAGUGUGAGUAGGACGCAGUUAAAACAGUAUUGUUUUGAGUUGAUACGCUGCAACGACCGAAAUUCAGUACCAUCAGGGUCUUCGUCUUCUUUGAAUGUAUCGUCUGACAAUAAUUCAAAAAAGUCCAUAUACAUUGCUACGAAAACAGAGAAUGAUUUGCACACUUGGUUAGACGCAAUUUUUGCUAAAUGCCCAUUACUAAGUGGUGUUUCUUCUCCAACCAACUUUACGCAUAAAGUCCACGUUGGCUUUGAUCCGGAAACGGGGAGUUUCGUUGGCAUGCCCACUAAUUGGGAGAAAUUACUUAAGCAUUCCAGAAUUACAGGAGAAGAUUGGAACAACAACUCAGCCGCUGUCAUUCAAGUAUUACAAUUUUAUCAAGAAUAUAAUGAAGUCGAUAACCCCUCAAAUGCUUUAGACAAAUCUCAGAGUGGCGAGGCAGCCUCCUCUCAAAAAUCGCUGCCAAGCAGCCAUAGUGAAAACAAACUCAGAAAUAAUUCGCUGAAUUCAAAGACAUCCUCUAGCGGUUCCUCGGGUCCGAUAUCACAAAGACAAGCUCCACAAGCACCAUAUGCAAAAUCUUCAGCUUCUUCAGGAAAUGGUUCACUACCACCUAUAAACACAAAAUUAUCAAACAAUCAGUCAAACAUUCCUAGACAUCUACAAAACAUUCCUAGCCAGCAGUAUAACAAAAUGAGGAACGCGCAUUCUCCAACCAAUGGUCAAUUUCCCAGAGGACCUAUACAUCCUAGCCAUUCACAACGAUCAUUACAGCAGCCACAACAACAUCAACAGUAUCCUUACCAUCAACAGCUACCAACUCCAUCUCCCUCUCCCUCUCCCUCUCCAUUGAACCCCUAUAGACCACAUCACAAUAUGAUAAAUCCAUACUCUAAACAACCGCAGUCAUCAUUGGGUACGCAACCAACCAAAAACCAAGCCAUACCCCGCUACGCCCAGAACUCAAGUCCUACUGGCCCACAGUUUCAACCUCAGAGAACAGCUCCAAAACCGCCCGUAUCAGCACCAAGAGUACCAUUCCCACCAAACCAGAAUGCUGCUGCUGCUGCUAGCCCAGCUGUCCUGAAUGCAGCACCUAAGAACGAUCAGCCAGCUCUCCAGGCGAUGAGGCAGGCCCCAAAGAGACCGGACGCGGAUGCCAAGGAACCAGCUGGCGUUACCAAACCCAAGAAAUCAACAAGGCAAACGAUGUCAACUGCAGAAAUAAUGAGCAAGUUGAAAAGCGUGACUGUUAAUGCCGAUCCAUCUAUCUGCUUUAAAGUGAUCGAGAAAGCUGGCCAAGGUGCUAGUGGAUCCGUUUACCUUGCUGAAAGAACACAUAUUCCGAUCGAAAGUAACAUGAUUGAACUUAUGAACAACGAGAUUGAUGAGCCCCAAGUUGGAGAUAAGGUUGCCAUCAAACAGAUGAUUCUCUCUAAACAACCUAGGAAGGAACUCAUAGUAAACGAAAUUUUAGUUAUGAAGGAUUCACGUCAUAAGAAUAUUGUGAAUUUUCUCGAAGCUUACUUGAAAACUGACGAUGACUUAUGGGUGGUGAUGGAGUUUAUGGAGGGUGGUUCGCUGACAGAUAUUAUUGAAAAUAGCACCACAAAUGACACUUCACACUCGCCAUUGACGGAACCUCAAAUUGCAUAUAUUGUACGAGAAACUUGUCAAGGAUUAAAAUUUCUGCACGAUAAACACAUUAUCCAUAGAGACAUUAAAUCUGACAACGUCUUAUUAGACACUAGAGCAAGAGUGAAAAUUACAGAUUUCGGCUUUUGCGCUAGAUUAACCGAUAAAAGAAGCAAAAGGGCCACAAUGGUUGGUACACCGUACUGGAUGGCACCCGAAGUUGUCAAACAACGUGAGUACGAUGAAAAAAUUGAUGUAUGGUCUUUAGGUAUUAUGACUAUUGAAAUGUUAGAAGGUGAACCUCCAUACUUAAAUGAAGAUCCACUAAAGGCGCUUUAUUUAAUUGCAACUAAUGGUACGCCAAAACUCAAAUAUCCGGAAACGUUGUCUUUGGAAAUCAAGCGAUUUCUGAGUGUUUGUCUUUGUGUAGACGUUAGAUAUAGAGCAUCUACUGAAGAGCUCUUACAUCAUGGUUUCUUUAAUUUGGCAUGUGAUCCAACGGAUUUGACAUCAUUGUUAGAAUGGAAGGAAUGA